GCAUUUUCGACUUCGUUUAUCAUUUAGCGACUCUAACGCUGCGGCAGGCCGCCCUCCGUGCCUGCAUGUGCCUGCGCUAUAAUGAUAAAAGCUGGGUCAAGUGGAGCCAGAUCCUUCCCUGGGUCAACCUUGUCGCUGCCAGAAGUUUGCUGACCAGCACUCGGAAAUUUCUGUCUCUAGCCUGAGUUCUCCAGACAGAACGCCACUAUGUCGCGAACUUCUGUUUCUUCAGUGACCAAAGAACAGCCGUCGCCUGCUGCUGAUCCCAACCCGCGCUCUGUAUUCAGUAUCGUACGACAGAAAGUGACUACGAAGCAUGGCUGGUUUGGUGACUAUGACUAUGGAUGGCUAUGUCUGCCCUCUCUUCCUUCAGCUAAACAGAAACAACCGCCAUUUUAUGGUCUCGACGACGAGCUCCCACUCCUUCUGGCUAUAGCCAGUGGAUUAUCGCACUCACUUGCGAUGCUUGCAGGUCUCAUUGUACCGCCUAUCCUUCUUUCCGGUACCUUGAUGCUGGACCCUGCCACGUCGUCUUACAUGAUGUCAGCUACACUCAUCACAUCCGGCAUUAUGAGUUUAGUCCAAAUGUCACGCAUAAAGUUGUGGGGUGGCUAUUAUCUUGGUACUGGGCUUUUGUCCAUGGUCGGGACGAGUUUUUCUACGAUCAGUACAGCAAACGCCAUCAUCAACGCGAUGUACGCCAACGGCACGUGUCCUUCGACAACUGCUGCGGAUGGCACUGUCACGCGAGGUCCAUGCCCAGAUGCUUACGGGAUGGUGCUGGGGACUGCUCUUAUCUGCGCAUUUUUGGAGAUCGGAUUAUCGUUCCUUCCUCCGAGGGUUUUGCGACGGAUCUUUCCUCCCAUGGUCACUGGCACAUUUAUCCUCAUGAUCGGGUCGACCCUCGUCGGGUCCGCCGGCAUGUCUGAUUGGGGUGGUGGUUCAAACGGGUGUCAAGCGCGCCCAACUAGCGGGAUCUAUCAACUAUGCCCCACAGUCGGGGCUCCUCAUGCUUUACCAUGGGGCUCUCCUCAAUUCAUAGGUCUCGGGUUCCUCUCGUUCGUGAGCAUAAUUCUUACAGAACUCUUCGGCUCUCCGUUCCUUAAGAAUGCGAGUAUCAUCGUUGGGCUUGCGGUGGGAUGUAUCGUUGCUGGCGCAGCAGGGUAUAUCGACGGAAGCGCCGUCGCGAGUGCACCUACAAUCACAUUCUUAUGGGUACAUCGAUUCAAGAUUAAUGUGUACCCACCAGCUAUUUUGCCCAUGCUGGCAGUCUACGUGUCCGUGGCAAUGGAAGCAAUUGGCGACAUAACUGCAUCUGCAGAAGUGUCUCGUGUCCCUGUCGAGGGAGAUGACUUCGAUUCAAGAAUACAAGGCGGUGUUCUGAGUGAUGGGAUAAGUGGAAUUAUCUCCGCCUUGCUCACCGUCACUCCUAUGUCAGUAUUUGCUCAGAAUAACGGUGUCAUUUCUGUCACUCGCUGUGCAAACCGCACAGCAGGAAGGUGGUGUUGUGCCUUCGUCAUCAUCUUCGGCGUUCUAGGAAAGAUUUCAGCGCUCUUCCUCGCAAUACCUAAUCCCGUCUUGGGUGGCGUUACGACCUUCCUGUUCGCCAGUGUUGCCGUCUCAGGUCUUCGCGUUCUUUCCUUCGUCAAGUACACGCGGCGCGACCGAUUCAUCCUCGCAGCAGCACUGUCGUUCGGUGUUGGGGACCUCCUUAUGCCCGGUAUCUUCACUCAUCUAUUUGAUGGUGUGAAGAACCCAAAUAAAGGCCUUCAAGGGUUGUUCGAGAGCAUCACGAUUUUGCUAAGCACGCCCUUCUUGAUAUCUGGCAUUGUUGCCUUGGUGCUGAACCUAAUUCUCCCACAAGAUAGGUCACAGGAGGAUGGAGAUUUGGAGGACGUGGAGGCUGCGCAGGAUUUGGAGAUUCAGGUACUAGAACAGGAGGUAAAGAUUUGAUUUGUACAGUUCACGAACUGGAGGUCAUAUCAUUAUAAAUUUACGCGAAUUGAUUUACUUAUGGAAAA